AAACUAAAAAAUAAAAAAUCACCAUCAAAACACGAAUAUCACCCUCUGCAGUUCGAACCGUGAGCAUUCACCCAGUUUAAUAUCGCUUUUAUAUUCCUGUGAACCGCGUACGAUAAGAAGUAAACGGACGCAAGCCAAUUCAAGUGGAAAUAAAUGAAAGGAAUACUGGUGUUUUAAGUUUGCAAAUAGAAGCUUGUUGUUCUAUUCUGAGAGUGAAGCAAAAGGAUGUUCUGCCGUAACCUUUAGAAGACAAAAAGCAAAGGGCGUGAAAUCUGCGGUCGCCGGAAAAAUAGCGGAGCUAAGAUUAACAUAUUCAGCAAAAACCUAGGUAGUGUCUUUAUCAAAGUUUAACCAACAAAACAAGUAAAAAGUAGUGAAACCAGCACUAUGGGUGCGAUCAUCUCCAAAUUCCGGAAAGAGAAAACAACCUAUGAAAUACUGGAAAACCUGGAGGAAAAAAUAAAAGACAAUGAAGCGUACACAAUCAGUACUCAGGCUCGCCAGAAGCGCUUUGUAGGAAACUUCUUAGUUAUUUCUAUCGGGUUAUAUGUGGUAUCUUCCAUAGUGUUCUAUUUCGCUUUUUUUCCUCCAACAUGGAACGAACGGCUCAUCCACUCGCUGCCGUUGUUGAUUUGUCCCAUGAUCAUUACUUUAAUCAAAAAAAGUUUGGCAUGGUUUUUCGAGCGAAAAGUAAUAAUCAACACAAAUGAACUGAAAGAGCUUCGGGCGGAAAAGAAGAAAAUUCUAGAAAAAGUUAUGGAUAAGGAAACGUACAAGGUAGCAGUGGAAAUAUUGAACAAAUUCGGAGAUAAGUCGCAAAAGACUCUAAUGCCAUCCCCGAGCGUUUUGUCAUCUCCGAAAAUAAUACAGCAACAGCCUAUGACCCCAAAGGCACCAACCACUCUACCUAGAGCGCCCAUGAUGGUUCCUCAAUCAGCACACGGACCACAAAUGACACCUGUCGGAGCACGGCAAAUGCCUGCGACGCCAAUUGGAUUUAAUGUUAGAUCAGCCACCCCUUUGACUGUGCAACAGCAAUCCGGUCUUAUUCACAGGCCAAUCGGAAUGGGUCAACAAACGAUGCCCUACCGACGAACGCCUUAUCCCAUCAUCAAUCAUAACGAGAAGGGAGUGAUAGAAAAGAUGGUUGAUUAUUUAGUGGGAGAUGGUCCAAACAGUCGUUUUGCGAUGAUCUGCAGAGAGUGUCUCAUGCACAAUGGAAUGGCCCUCCAGGAAGAAUACGAAUUCGCUGCUUUUCGGUGUGCCUUCUGUGGCUCAUUUAAUGCUGCUAAGAAACAACGACCAAUGGCUCCGCGACUUCCGUUUGAGCAGGCUCAAUUGGAUAAGUUGGCCGAGCAGCAGCGUAGGUCGAGUGAAUCAGUUUCCGAAUCGGAACCGUCGACGGCUGAGGACGGCAAUGCGGUUGAAACAGUUGCGACAGCUCCCGAACAAAAUGAAAAUGAGACUGAUGCACCAUCGGAAGAUGUUUUUGAGGGAGAAAAUCCAUCGGAGCAACAAACCCCAAUAUCGCCAUCGCAAACAACGGAAGAAAAAGAAGCGAGCAGUAAUCAUGAGAUUUUGAGUGCUGGUGAAGCCACGAGGACAACAACGGUAACGGAUGUUAAUGCGGACUGAAAACUAAGACGCAGAGCGUCACUCGCUUCUUGAUUUGUUAGAUGAGUUUUUUUAAGAGACAGUUGCAAAAAUAGAAAACGAAGCUCCUUGCAUGGUUUUGUCUUUGGACGACAGCAGUGAUACCUACUCUACUGGUCUGGUCCAGCAAGCAAAGCCAUGGCCAACGGAGAUGAACGCUCGAUCAGAGUAAACAAUUGUCUUCUGCAUGCGAACGAUUUUAUGAAGAUACUAUCGUUCUUGGGCACGAGGGUAGAUGCUUUGAACCAAUCUUUUCCUUUUGUUAGCACGUUCAACCUUAUAAGUUUUACAUACACUGAUCAUUAAUUAUAGUAGUUAUUUAGGGAUGACUUUUUCCGACAGUACUCGCAUUGAAUAUAUUCUCUAACUUUUCUAUUAAAAAAUCCAUCAAUUAUCUACUUUAUUAUUCAAGUUUAAAAGAUUUCAGUAUAUCCGGCACAGGUUGCGAUUUUUGAAGGGCCCGGCAUUUACAAUAAAAAAAAGCUGACCGAAGCAAUGAACGAAAUCGCCACGCCAAAAAAUAAACUAUUCUAGCCAAGCAUUUGUGGGAAUUUAUGAUACACUGCAAGGGUUUAGCUUUAAAGCAUACUAGCGAAAAGUCAUGUAAAGUAGUACUGGACUGGGAAAUAACUUUAAAAUAUUACACACAGACAAAACCAGAAUUUACUUUGUUGCAUGCGGAACAUAACAUAUUGACCUUUUGAAAAUGAGUGUUUAUAAUAUAUGUACAUUUGUUAAUCUUUUUUAUAAGAUAUCCUACGAUGCAUCGACAAAGCAAUGCUAACGAAUAAACAGGCUGUUGUUAG